AUGAAGGACAAUGUGCCGCUCGAAUUAUUGAGAAGAUUGAUAUCAAAUCGUCCCGUGGGCCCGAAAUUGAACACAGCUGCCAGAGCACGGAUCCAAUCAGCUCCCCAACAAAUCCGAACCACAAACCCUUCAUCUCGACAACAGCAACAACGAACCAAGAGCGAAGCUUCUGUGUUAUCAAUCAAAGGCAUCGAAUCAAAAUACUUAUCCGCCAUCUCCGACGAGAUCCUGGACUCGAAACCCUCCGUUUCCUGGGACGACGUCAUUGGGCAGCAGAAUGCGAAAGAGGCCCUGCGGGAAAUGGUUAUUUUACCCGCUUUGAACCCGGAAUUGUUUGUCGGGUUGCGGGAACCCGCCAAGAGUUUACUCUUGUUUGGGCCACCCGGCAAUGGGAAAACUUUGCUGGCCAAAGCCGUGGCUGCUGAAGGAAAGGCCAAGUUUUUCAAUAUUUCUGCGUCGGCGUUGACUUCCAAGUGGUUUGGGGAAGGGGAGAAGUUGGUCAGAGCUUUGUUUGCUGUGGCUAAUCACGUCCAGCCAUCGGUUAUUUUUAUUGACGAGGUGGAUUCAUUGCUGGGAAAGCGACAAGAUUCUCAAAACGAUGCCAUGAAGCGACUGGUUGCGGAGUUCCUUGUCCAAUCCGACGGUGUGGCCACACAAAAGGGUUCAAGAGUGAUUUUGAUGGGUGCCACGAAUUUACCAGAGCAGCUGGAUGAAGCUGCGUUGAGACGCUUUGCAAAACGGGUCUACGUGGGUUUGCCUGCUUCCGAUGACCGAUUGAAGUUACUCAGUGUCCUGUUGGAGAAGCAUUACACUGAACAAGCCAAG